AUGGUAUUCGGAAAGCCACAAGACCCUGAUCUUACAAAGUUGUUAGAUCGUAAGAUGAAUGUCAGACUCAAUGGCAAUAGAACAGUUGUUGGAGUAUUAAGAGGUUUCGAUACUUUUAUGAAUAUAGUUUUAAAAGAUACAGUAGAGAUUAUUUCACCGACCGAAUCACAUAACAUUGGAAUGGUGGUAGGACAGUUUCAAUACUCAAGUCGUCAGGUGACAGUUCAUAUAUUUGAUUACAGUUGGGAUGGUGCGCUCUCUUUCAAUGAUGGCAUCAUUUCUUAUUCACUUCACUUCCUUCAAUUAAAAACAUCUACUCAAAUUCAAACCAACACAACAUCCAAGAACAAUGAGCGUCUAGAAGUUCGUCAACUUUGA